UUUCUAAAAGUAACAAAAAAAUUAUUCUUUAUUCACCUUUUCAUUUUCUCACGUAUCACACUUAACACACAAAAUAUCAAUUUCUUAAUUCCCGUGCCGAAAAGAACUUGGUCUUACUUCAUGGGAUGGAGCAAAUACAUGUAAAAUCCAAUACAAAAUCAUCAUAACUAUCAAAAACCCUUAUAUAUAAACACCCCUUCCUCCUCUCCCCCUCCUUCCCUCUCUUCUCCAACCCCUCACUCCCAAAAAAAAACAACAAAAUGGGCAAUGUAGCAAUGUGUGCUCCUUCAAUCAUCUCGAGCAAUGAAGUAAAGAUCCUGUGCAGCGACGGCAGAUUGCUGGUGUACACGAGGUCAUCGGCCAUGAAAGCAGCAGAGAUCAUGCUGGAGUUUCCCGGGCAGUUCCUGUGCGAAUCCGGUCAGCUGAAGGUCGGGCAGCGAGUCCCCGGCGUCCGCGCCGAGGAGGAGCUGGAGAGCGGGCAGGUGUACUUCCUCCUGCCCAUGGAGAUGCUCUACUCCGUGCUCACAGACGAAGAGCUCAAGUUCCUCACGCACAAGACGGCCAAAGGGAUGAAGCAUGCAGCAGCAGCAGCAGCAGCGAGCUUGAAUUUCUCCAAGAUUUUUCCCGAGUUUAAUUGCCUGUUUCCGAAUGGCUCAGACGCCAGUGGUGUGGAGGAAGAUGGUGGUGAUGCUGAUUCGCUGCAGCAAGUUGGGAGGUUUGCGAGGCAAAGAUCGUGGCAGCCUGCGUUGGAAACCAUUGUUGAAACUCCCCCUCAUUCUUGAUUCUCUCUCCCCUCUCUAAAAAAAUAUUUUCUUUUUCUUUUUUGGGGGUUUUUGUAUUUAAAUAACUUUUUUUUUGUUGCCCUUUUCUUUUGGUAUGGGUAUUACCUAAUUAGGAUGAUGAAAUUAUGUAAUUAUAGCGGAAUUGAUCAAUUGAGAGUUUAUUUAAUUAUGAGAGGAUACCAUUUUACUUGA